AUGAAGAACAAGUCACGGAAACGUGGCGGCAGGGACGAAGACCUGGAGGAGGAGGACAAUAACCCAUUUGUGGGCACCACACAUAUGUUUGCGUCUGGGAUAGCGAGUGCCCCUGGUGGUCAGCAGGCGGUGCUGAAGUUGGCGCAGCCUGCGCCUGGGGAACAGCAAGGUGCUAGUACUCCAGAUGGUGCGGGUGUGGUUGCUGGCACUGCUGCAGGUGCUACAGGCGCUACAGGCGCUGCAGGUGAGGGCGAGGACGAAGAUGAGGACAGCAACGAGAACAGCGAUAUUAGGGAUGAGGAUGUGGACAUACUGACGCAGACGCUGUACAAGGCUGCUGAAGAGCCCUUUGUGUCUGUUCCAGUGCGGGCCACUGGAACAGACUCCUUAUUUAAGAUUCCUGUGGACAGCUCAGGCCCUAUACAGAUCAAGGAGGCCGGUGACUACAAGGACCCCUGGGGCAAGCACGCUAUUGGCUAUGUGAUCGAGCUGGACGGAUUCAAGACUGUGCGGCGGUACUCCGAGUUUUACUCCUUGCGAAAGAACCUCACGCUACUGCUGCCAACUGUAGUAGUACCGCCUUUGCCGCCAAAACACUCUAUUAUGAACUAUAUAUUCAAGAAGUCUAUUGACACACGGAUCAUCGACUCCCGGAAACGCACGUUGUGCCGGUUUCUGAACGAGUGCUACGAGGUACCAGACAUUGCCAACCAUAUUGUGUUUAAAAAAUUUCUGGACUGUGAGAUUAUCUGGAAGGAUGUGCUGAACUCGGCGCCCAUACUAAUACUACCACACGACAAUAGGCUGGCGCCACCACUAAACCCUACCAAACCGAGUCCAUUACACUUGUUAUUGCCAGCACCGAACUCAAAAGUAGCUACAAACACAAGCAUCCUAAACCCCCUCAUACCGACUAACACCGAAUUGGAGAACAAGUUUAACAAGCUUGAGAAGAAGUUCUGGGAGUACAAGAUUAACUACAAGAAUCUCCACAAAACGGUCAAGCAAUUGGAAAACCACUUGAAACUUAUUGGUGGGCUGCACAGUGAGCUAGGUGUGCAUUACAAUUCUUUUAGCAUUGAGAAUGCUAUCAUAAGCAGCGAUGGGAACGAAAAUGAAGACAGAUCGAGUAGCAUGCUAAUUGAAAAAGUGGGUCAUGCUUUCGACGUGAGCUAUGUCACGGAUGAAAUCUUGAGCGAAAGACAUAUAGUGAAUCUAGAAGAACCAUUGUACGAGUUCAUACAGUUGCUAGAGGACUGUAAACGUGUCUUAGGCUUCCGCAAGGCCAAAUAUUUGCAGUACGAAAUCGUUGAAAUUACUAUGGAUAAAAACAAAAAGAGACUGCGAGCAUUGCUAGAUUUAGACGAUCACAUUAAAACCAUGACUAAUGUCAUAAAUCAGAGCACAAUACUUGAGUCACGAAAGUAUUCUAACCAGGAACCCAUCAGCGAUGUACCAGAUUCUCCAUACUCAAAAGUCGAUUACACUUCUGAAGGGGAAGAAUCUGCACACGAUGAGACUCACGCUGACCAUGAUACCCCGCAACAGGAACAUCAUAAAUCUGAUGACGAGGAAAACAUCGAACAACUAUCAAGUUCUCUACAUGCGUCCACUAUCAACGCUAACAAGAUUAAAGUCAGGAAGAAGCUAUCUAGAAGAAGAGACAGGUCUGCACGAGAACUAGAUCCAAGCCUUCUAACCGAAGCAGAAAGGAAACAAGAAAUCAAAAUCUUACAGAGGGAACUCGACAAACUCGAGGAUGUGCAAAAGCUUGUCCUAAGAGAUAUAGAAGACGUGAAUGAAUCCACCUUGCGCAGUCUAGAACACGUCUCAACAAAACUAGAACAAAGGUGGGGAAACAUGCUUCGUCAAGUUACAAAAGCAAUGAUAGAUUUCUCAAGAGAGUCACUGAAUGCUUGGAGACAAGUAAGAAAGGAUAAAUAG